AUGCCUUCGUACGCUAUUACUGGUGCUGCAAGAGGUCUAGGCCUUGAGCUCGUCAAGCAGCUUUCCAGCAACCCUUCCAACACCAUCUUCGGCAUCGUCCGUAAUCCCGACAAUGCCAUCAGUCUAGCCUCGCUCGCCAAGCUUAACCCCAAUGUGCACAUUAUCGAAGCAGACGUGGGAAACCCCGAGCUGCUUGCGUCCGCCGCCACGGCCGUGUCUAAGCUCACAGGUGGUGUGCUAGACAUCCUGAUCCACAAUGCUGCCGCCACCGAUCUCGCAACACUCUCGCUGCCACCGUCGCAGCUACCGGUAGAUGCGGAAUUGCUGCACAAGGCAUUCAAGGAUACACUGGACACGUCUGUAUUUGGUGCGAUCAUGGUUACCAACGCGUUUCUGCCCCUCGUGCGUCGAGGGAAUGAGAAGAAAAUCGUUCACAUUUCCAGCGGCAUGGCAGAAAUAGACCUAAUCAAGAAAACGGGAAUUUCAUAUGGCGUAGCGUAUUCGGCUGGCAAGGCCGCGCUGAAUGUCAUUGUGGCUAAGUACGCCGCCGAACUGGCACCGGAAAGUAUCAAGGUCUUAGCGUUGAGCCCAGGCUGGGUAGACACUUAUGAAGGACCCAUCCCGAUUCCACGUGAGCUGCGAGACGCUACCGAAAAGAUGCUUCAAGAAUUCCAGAAAGUUGAACCAAAUUUGAAGGGCCAGCUAUCAAAGGAGGAGAGCGUGCGGGAUCAGAUUGACGUGAUUCAGAACAAGCUGGAUAUGAGUCUUAGCGGAGCGUUUGUGAGCCACCAUGGAAAUAGUCAUUGGUUUUAG